UCGAAGUGGGAGGGCCCGUCAUCUGACUUCAGCGGGCAGCAGGAAUAAAGUGGGUGUUGUGCUGUGGUGUUUGGCUCGGUGCGAUGCGUCUUCAUGUCUGCUACUAAACACACGAGCAGCGGUUCACUGUGCUUGCGGACUACGGCGGAGGGAUCGUCCCAGAGCAGAGCGAGCAUCCGUCUGUUGAGGCCAGGAGGCCAGCAGCAGUGCAGCAGGGGAAGCUAGCUCCAACCCCGCUUAGACUCAGUGACAGCAGCCCCGGAGCCAGGCAGCCAGGCAGAGUCGGUGAGCCAUGGGUUUCCGCAAGAAGAACAAGAGCCCACCGGUGCUGAGCCACGAGUUUGUGAUCCAGAAUCACGCCGAUAUGGUGUCGUGCCUGGCCAUGAUCAUCCUCCUUGGCCUGAUGUUUGAGGUCACAGCAAAGUUUGCCAUCAUGUUCAUCACAGUUCAGUACAACGUAACUCAAGUUCUUGAUGAGAAAAGCGACCCAGUCAACCUUUACCAGUAUGGCCCUAAAGACGUGGCCACUGUGUUUUUUUACCUUCUCAUUGCAGUCAUCCUUCAUGCCUUGAUACAAGAAUAUAUUCUCGACAAAAUGAACAGGAGGUUGCACCUGUCAAAAACCAAGCACAGCAAGUUCAAUGAGUCUGGGCAGCUCGCAGCGUUCUAUCUGUUCUCCUUCAUCUGGGGCUGCAGCAUCCUAACAGCGGAGGACUUUGCAACAAAUCCUACUUUCUUAUGGGAGGGUUACCCACAUACUCGCAUGGUUUUUCAGGUCAAGUUCUUCUACAUUUGCCAAAUUGCGUAUUGGCUCCACGCACUUCCUGAGCUGUACUUUCAAAAAGUACGGAAGGUAAGGAUGUCUUUUCCUUCUUUUUUCCCCUUUUUUUUUUCCUUCCCAAAACUGAUCGAAUUCCUUCACCGACUGGGCCUCGUGUUGCUGGUCCCUCACUACCUGGUGGAGCUUCUGUUCCAUGCUUCACGCCUCUUCUACUUCAGUGAUGAGAACAAGCAAAAAGGUUUUACUCUGUGGGCGCUACUUUUUGUCAUCGCCCGCCUCCUCACCCUCACACUCUCGGUUCUGACGUUCGGUUUUGGCCUGCCCCGAACAGAAAACCAGGGCUUCUCCCUAGCUGAAGGCAACUUCAAUGUGCUCACCAUAAGGAUGACUUGUCUGGCAGCUAUCUGCCUGACACAGGCCUGGAUGAUGUGGAAAUUCAUUAAUUUCCAGUUGAAGAAGUGGCGAGAGCACAGCCAGAACCAAGCCUCAAAGAAGAAGGCGGCCAGCCCAAAGAGCAAGCCUCACAAAAGGGAACCCACAAGGGGUGGAGCUGCCAAUGGAGUUGUCAAAUCUGAAGAUAAAACCUCACCACGGGCAAGGAAAGCUAAAGCCUCAUAGAGCUUCACAGAGGAGGAGGAGAACGAGUGAGGGAGUUCUGACAAUGUGACGCUUUGUCUUUACACAGCUUAAAAUUAUGUGUACUGCUCCCCAAAACAAAUGUUUAAGCACGCUAGGAAACCUUACAUGACUGUCCCUUUUGGGGGGCUGAGACUCCUUUCCAACAAAGUUCAGUGUUACUGUCUGCUAGAAGUGUUUAUUAUUCAUUUGGGUUUGCCGGAGAUGUUGACAGGGCAGUUGUGGUUUUGAUGCUUUACCAGGAUGGAUUUAGCUAAUCAAGUGUCCUUUCGUGUAAAACUAAGAUCGCUUGUCGGGUACUUUAAACUGAGUUGCUCUUUGGUAAUUUGACACCGAAUCAAGUUAACGUCACAGUACCUUAAAAAGCCACCCACUUCAGGGCAACUUAAUAUAAAGUAUUAGCGUACACAUCAGCUGUACAGGGUGUCAGUUAGAGUUUGGGCCUUUAUUCCGUUUGGGGGGAAAAACACACAGGCUAUGGCUCGUGUUCCAAAAUGUAAAGCCUUUCUUGCUCUACGAAAGAGAAUCUUUGAUAAUCUGCCGUUGUCAGGAAAAAUCUCUUAAAUUAUUCACUCCAAAGGAAUGUUUGGGCUAUUUCCAUAUUUAGCGUAGCUGCAGUGAGAAAGGUGAAACUUGUACUUAACUCCUUGCCAUCAUUUAACAGCACCUGCCAUUGAAAUCCAACACGUUGCAGGAUUGAGGCACUGUUAUAUUUUAGACUGCUUUUAUCACUUACCCUGGUGAUUGGCCUGUUGAGCCCUUUUCAGACAUGGGUGAUGUAACCUCGCUGGCUUCAUCGGUCCGUUUAAGUGAUGGCGUUCGGUCGGUCAAACAGGGCUCACUUUUCUGUUGCCGUUUCUCACGGUACGAUGGAUUGGGAAUAUGGAAAAAUGCAACACAGAGCAUUGCUAUAAUCCUAAUCUUAUUGCAGGUUACAAAUGGAUUUGGUGAGCUAAAAUGUCACCCGUAUUCAUGUUAUUGCUAUGGAUGUUUUUGGGCUGUAGCAGCUCACAAACAUGUCUAUGUCCCUAUGUGAUUACAUUUAGACUGGUGUUUGAAGUGUGAUGGGUAAAUGUUAUUGGCUUGACUUUUACAGAAAAGUCACCAGGAAGCCAACAUGUCUGAAAUGGGCUUUUACAGCUGUUCCUCCAGGUGAACUGACUUACCAAGAGGAAGCUGCACUGUAACCUGUAAUGCCGCCACCGUAUGCAUUCAGUUAAAUCUUUACAAUGGCAUGACUGGACGUUAGAAGGGGAAAAAGAACAAGAAUUUGAGGCUGCACUUAUGUCUUUUUAUAUGGUAAUGUCUGCAUGACGGUUUAAGGCUAAAGACUUGAAUGGCUAGUUCUUACCUGUGCUGUUAAGUUUGCAUUUCUCUCUCACUCUCACACACACAACACACAACACACACACACACAAGCAUUCAGUGGCCUUUUUACAACUGCUGCAAGAGGUUUGAGUUAUUUAUUUUUGUCAUAAGCUACAGAUACUUAUUAUUUUCUAUGCUUUGAAAAGCUAUAACCAGCAAACACUGCGGUACAUAGCAAAACUGCAUUUAGUUAAUCCAAACAAUACAAUCUUUCUUCAAGUGUCCUUAUAAUGUUGGUGGUUUAUAUCACUGCUUGUGUUCUGUUGUGUUUGCCUUUCUCUCUUUACUUUUGUUUGUUUAUGUUCUUGGGCAUCAGGGGACAAGCGUUUCACCACUUACACCAUAAGUUGCAUCCGAGAGCAACGGGAGGCAUGUUUGUGAGUUUGUAUGCUUGUGCACUUACUCGUGUGUGUGCAAUAUUGUUUUGCCUACUGUGUAUGUUUGUGAAUUAACAGGGCCUGAAUGCUGUUGAUGCUGAUGAUGGUCUCAGAGCAUGAAAUUUGACAAUCUGUUCAUUGACUCCUGCCCGUUGGUUGUAUUUUCACAGUAAUAGCCUGUUCUUUGUUUCUCUUUGGGUCUUUCUCGGUUCCCGGCACCCUUUUGUGUGCAAAAACACAGAGUUGUGGGUUAGGUGUAUGUUCUGUAGGCUUUCGGUUACUAAAUGCUUAUGUGUUUAACGUCUCCGCCUCUCAGAUGUUCUAUCCUGUGUGAGAGAGAUU